GCCCCUUCCUCUCCGGCUCCCUCAUUGAGAUCCCCCAUGGCCCGCUUUCCUCUGCUCGUGCUGGCGCUGCUGGCUUUGUCGUCCACUCUCGUCAACUGCCAAGUCAGCAAUGUAACCAAUGCCACAGAUGAGCAGCACGGGGGUGCCUCUCACUCCGAGGAAGAGACGCAUGAACAUGAAGAGGGCGUCACGCACGAAGAGGAGGGGGAUCAUGACCAUGAUCACGGAGAUCACGAUGAUCACCAUCACGAUGAGAAGGAGUGGGACGGUGAGGGGCCGCCUCCCUCGGUGUCCCUGUCAGUGAGUGAAGACCCCGUCAGUCACGGCCUCAACAUCCGUAUAGACAUCGACCCCGUCGACUCCUUCGACAUCGUCCCCGUCGAAGCGUCGGGCCCGCACCACCCUGGGGAAGGACACGUACGCGCCAGGGAUCACCCACCCACCACACAGGCAGCCACCUGCAUCGCUGUCCCCCUUUUCGUCUGUGUGUCUGGCAGACCCACCUUUACUAUGGGGAGGAGAUGCUGGCUCGUCAGUACUGCCUCGACUACCACUUUGACCCCCACGAUCACCACGGACAUGGCCACGACGACGACAGCUUCAAAGUGACGCUCAACGCUAACGACCACUCUGAGUACACCGACGCCGCUGGCAACGUCCUCGAGGCCACCGCCACCCCGCCCCCAGAAGAGGAGGGCGAGGAGGACCAUGCAGAGCACAUGGAAAUGCCCCCAGCAGCCGAGUGGGAGGGAGAGGAGACCCCCACCCUCUCGCUCGAGACGCAUGAGGACUCCAAGGGGGGCUACAACGUCCAGGUGAUCGGCUCCGGCUUCGCGUUUGGCGUGCCGGGGAGGGACGACGGCAACAAUGCCAGCCUGGCAUUUGUCAAUGUGACGAUUUCAAUGGAGAAGGAUCAUCACGACGAGCACGAGCACGAAGAGCAUGAGCAUGAGGAGCAUGAGGAAGAAGAGGAGGGCCAUGAGGGGCAUGAGCAUGAGCACGCCAGCGAGACGGGCAGCGACAGCUUCCGCCUCUACUGCCCAUUCGUCCACGUCAACCUCCCCCCGGGCAAGGUCACCAUCACCGCCGCCCUUCACGGCAUGCAGGGGCAGCCACUCCUUCUGAAUGGCGAGGCCAUCAAUGCCACAACGUCCCUCACCGUCCCCGAAGAUCAUGAUCAUGCGCACUGCAGCCACGAGUGCGAGGUCCAUGUGUGUCCGCAUGCCGACCAAGAGGCGCUGUCCGGGUGUCUGGAGGAGGGGACGUGCGCGGCGGUGUGUCAGUCGUUCGUGGACGAGGUGCACGAGGAAAGGUGCUACGACUGCAAUGUGCACUGCGACGGGCUGGAGGUCAAGAUCGACAGCAAUGCCGAGUUCGUCAAACAGGCCGAGCUGAUGGGUGAGGGAUACGGACGGAGGGAGAAAGGGGGCGCAGACGGCGCCCUUCAUUCAUGAUUCAUAUUGUCUGUCGGUUUCCUGCGUGUGCGUUCAGGUUGCAACCCCCCUCCUCUGGUUGAGGUGGAUGCGGAGACCACCAGCAAUGCCAAUGCCCACGGUAAGUGACCUACAGACACACACACACACACACGCACCCACCCACCCACGGCCGCGGGGACAGCUACCAUUUGUCCGCUCUCCUCUUCUGUGCCUGCAGGCGUGGCAAUCGGUUCUGCGGCGCUGAUUGGGCUGCUGAGCAUGCUGGCACACUGAUGGGCUGACUGCACUGCUGACUGACUGACAGAUACGGGGCGAUCCGAUCGAUGGAUGCGGUGGGGCGGCACAUACAAUACACGCAUACAUAAGCCACCAGGGGCGGGCUGUAUGCUAUGCCUGUUUUCUGUGCCGCCCCCCCGCAUGUCAUGUUGUCUGUCUGUCUGCGUGUGUAUGUCCUCUUUUUAUUGCACCGUGCAUGUUCCUGUCUUCCUGGUGGGGCGACCACUGUGUGCGAUGCGGCCGAUGCUUGUUUGUAUGCUCCUGAGAGUGAGAGUCAGUCGACUUGAGUCGUUUUUUCACCAGCACUGCCGUGUCCUGUAUGUGUGUGCGGACGGCGGUGCUCCAUCCAUCCACUGGACGGAUCGAUGGAGAGCGGAUGGCCCUUAAUGACCCAUGCGUUGCGUUGCGUUGUGGGAUGUAGUAGGCGGAUGGGAUGACUGGCCAGUCAUCCUCUGUUUUGUGCGGAGGCGUGGCGUGCUAUGCAGUCGAUCUAAGUGACAAGCUAGUAGUGGUGCCUUCCCAGAGUCUCGCGUGGGUUGGUUGGUGCCCACACUGGAGAAGGCAGAUUGACCCACCACUCAUACAUGGGCCUGAUGAUGAGCGCGGAGCUGUCGUUCGUUUCUUUUCUCUUCUGUGUGUGGAUGACUCUGCCUGACCGAGUGGGUCUGUUGGCUGUGGUCGUCGCACGGUGAGCCUCAACACUGUCUGCAAGUGUUGUGUCUCAACGUGUGGCGGGGCCGGCUCAUCAGACCCACUCGAUGUGGCGUGAGGGGGCCUGGUGUGAGUGAGAGAGGUGGCUGCGGGGAGAUGAAUAUGAUUCAUAUGCCAUGCCAUCCUGACUGACUGAGUGGGUCUGAUAGGACACCGUGCCUGUUGAUGGAGGCUCAACGCUUUGUGCAGGUGUUGAGUCGCCGACUGCGGCCAUGGCAGCUCAUCAGCCCCCUCGGUCAGGCGCUGCGCUUUGUACGUGGUUGAGAGACGGAGUGAGUUGCGCGAGGGUGGGGAGAUCCAUACAGAUUCACGCGUGUGUGUCGGUCGAUGCACGCAAGUGGUCUGUGUGCCGCGCGCGUGCAGGGGAGGUGCGGUGCGGUGCAGCCACUGCCUGUCUGUCUGCCUGCCUGCCUGCUUUUUAUCUGACGUGCCCAGCUGGCUUGGUGCAUCCGCCACUCACUCUGCCUGCUCGUAUGUGAGUGUGCGCGGCGAAUGCACCGAAACUGACUGACUGACUGACUUCUGACCGCCCGUGCGCCUCCGUGUUUGUGUGUGUGUGGCGGGGGAGUUGGGGUCUGAGUGUUUAGGAUCGAAGUGAUCGACGACUCGACCGAGUCUGUUACUAGGGGAGCGGUGUGUGAGUGACUGAUGGACGUCUGUCUGUUUGAUGCAUGUCGAGAGUCCUAGAGCCAAAGGCGUUCUGGCAGUAACGUUUUUCACAAAGCACCACCAGGGCCGACAAAGUCGCAUACACAGCUGAGUGAGUGAUGGCUCAACAAGUGAAAUGCACUUCCUCUGGACUGGCUCAAAAGAAUGCAAACACGGGGGAACACACUCACACACUUACUGGGGGCGGGGCGACCUAGUGGAAAAACGGAGCGGCCAAAGACUCAGGUCAGGUCAGUCCACUCCGCUCCCCUCCCACAAGCACACAGACAGACAAUACACACACCGAGGAGAGGAGAGGCAUGGAUGGAUGCCAAACACACAUAUACAGACAUGUCUCCCGCCCUUCGCCUAGCUUUGCUGUUGGCUCGGCGACCUUCGCCUCGCUGUGUCUCCAGCAGCUCAUGGCGGCCGUGCGGAGGCGGAGC